AUGUAUUUAUCAAAGCCUUCAGGCCAGGAUGGAAUGAACUUCGAGGAGCGGAGCGACGGAGUGGCUCAAUUUCCUGGUAAAUUUAUGUCUGUCCGCGGUUCGAAUCCGACCUCGGCCACUCGACUUCCCCUGUCUAGGCUUGGGCAACCUGGCAGUAUCCCAGCCCUCGUGCUCCCUUCGGGUGACAUGGCAGCUAGGCACCGGAAGGGUGCUACAGCUGAACGCUUUUAUCUUUAUGAGAUAAAGGCUGCAGGUAUACUUACUCUGUCAAAUUCACCCGAUACCAGUUUUCCAUAUAGUUUCCGUUACCUCCCAGGACAGUACGACUUUACCCCCAGACCGCCUCGUACCACGAUUACUCGUAGUGCGGGGCCUCGCUGCUCUCCUUUGGCCUUCCUGGCAUGGUUAGACCUUGUGGAACGAAGUUCCAGCCAGUGUAGCCCGCGGGAUGAUUGCAGCACUCAAACCCGAACACCACGUCAAGGUGGCAGCUUUAGGUCGAGCUCAGAGUCAAUUGGCGUACUCUGA